AUGGACUUCAGUGCCACUGCUGGUCAGAUACGGUCUGGCAAGAAGCCGGUGUUCAGCGACUUUUCACUGCAGCACGCCCAGUCGCUCGACAACUCUGACCCGAUUAAGCAUUUGCGGAAUGAAUACUUCUUCCCGACCAAGGCCUCACUAAAGAGCAAGGCGCUCAAGCCCGCAACAUCACCUUCUGUCAACGGGCAAGAGAAGGAUGGGCACGGCGCCAUCUACUUCUGCGGCAACUCUCUGGGCCUGCAGUCUCAAGCUACACGCCGAUACAUCAACGCGCAGCUCGACACGUGGGGAUCCAUAGGGGUCAAUGGCCACUUCGUAGACCUCGAGGACUCGCCCCUUGUAAACUGGCAAGACAUGGCCGCCCAGUGUGCCACUCAGUCAGCAGAUUUCAUGGGCGCGCUUCCAAGCGAGAUUGUCUACAUGAAUACCCUGACGACCAACAUCCAUCUGCUGUUGGCUGCCUUCUACAGGCCGACGGAGAAACGCCACAAGAUCAUCCUGGAAUGGAAACCCUUCCCAAGCGACUACUAUGCCAUUCACUCGCACAUCCAGUGGCACAACCUGGACCCGGCCAAGUCCAUGGUGGAGAUCUGGCCCAAGGAUGAAGGCUUGUACAUCCCCACGAGCCAGAUCCUCGCCACCAUCGACGAGCACGCCAAUGACACGGCUCUCAUCCUCCUCCCGGGAAUCCAAUACUAUAGCGGACAGCUGUUCGACAUUCCGACCAUCACCAGAUACGCACAGGACAGAGGCAUCGUAGUGGGCUGGGACCUGGCCCACGCAGCAGGGAACGUCGACCUCCAGCUCCACGAAUGGAAUGUGGACUUUGCCAUGUGGUGCACAUACAAGUACAUCAACUCUGGUCCGGGAUCUAUCGCCGGCGCGUUCGUGCACGAGCGCCACGGCAAGGUGGAGUGGACCUCGGGUGCUGACAGCGAAGACGGGCAGCCCAAGCCCGUGUUCCGCCCACGCCUGAGUGGCUGGUACGGUGGUGACAAGAGUGUGCGCUUCCAGAUGGCCAAGCAGUUCCAGCCGACGCCCGGCGCGGGUGGGUUCCAGAUCGGUAACCCUUCAGCACUGGACCUCGCAGCCCUGAGUGGGGCGUUGAGCAUGUUCAACGAGGCGGGCUUCACAAACCUGAGGAACAAGAGCCUUGUCCUGACAUGCUAUGCCGAGGCCCUACUCAAUCAAAUUCUGGCGGAUGAGCAGCGUGCCGAGAAGCCCGCAUUUACCAUCGUGACCCCAGCUAAUAUCGCUGAGCGGGGCGCACAGUUGAGCAUCCUGCUGAGAGAUGGCCUGCUGGACAAGGUGCUGGAGGAGUUCGCGGAUGAGGGCAUUGUGUGCGACAAGCGCAAGCCGGAUGUCCUCCGUGUGGCGCCAGUGCCAAUGUACAAUAACUUCGUCGACGUCUGGAGAUUCAUGGAGGUCCUGAGGAGGGCCGUAGGUAUCCCUCGGAGAUAG